UCCUCCUCCUCUACAUCCAUCGCCAGCAAGUCGAACGAGCUCACCCCACACCCAGCUCACUAGCAAUGGCGAUCAAGAAGAGCGGAGCGGCGGGGCUGAAGCAGAUCCUGAAGCGGUGCUCGAGCCUGGGGCGGCGCCAGCAACAGCACAACCAUGCCGGGGAGGAGCACUGGGAGGAGGAGGAGGCGGCGCCGUCGGACGUGCCCCGCGGCCACUUCGCGGUCUACGUGGGCGAGUCCCGGCGGCGGUUCGUGGUGCCCAUCGCGGUGCUGGACCGGCCCGAGUUCCGGUCCCUGCUCCGCCGCGCCGAGGAGGAGUUCGGGUUCGGCGGCGCCGGGGACCUGCUGGUGCUCCCCUGCGAGGAGCGCGCCUUCCGCUCCCUCUGCUCCGCCUCCUCCCUCACCUGCACCGCCCGCUGAGGCCCGCCGGCCGGCCAUUUGUUCCGUCCGUCGGUCCGGCCUAGCGCCAUUGCUAAGCGAGCCGGCGGCCGGCGCCUGCGUGUGUGUAAAUACGUGUGGAUCUCCAUCACCGAUCCAUUGAUUCGACGUGGCGCAUGCGCGUAUUAGCGCGCGCCCUUGGAAACCACUAUCAAUUCUCCCGGAAAUGGAGGAAGAUGAAGACGAAGAGGAGGAGAUCUUUGGCGAGAGAUUUCAGAGCUAGCUAGCGAGAUUUUUUCAACCGGCCCGUACGUAUGUUAGCAGCAGCGUGUACGUUGUUUGUGACGUGUUCGAGUCCAUAGCCGCCCCUUAGCCUUCUCCAUGAUAUUCAUCUCCAUGGAGGAGAGCUUAAUUAGGCGCGCGAGGUGAACCGUCAUUACAUCUUAUUUUUUUACUCUGUACAUGCGAGCUAAGAUAUGUUGGCCGGCUAAGCCGCUAGCUAGCGAUGGUUGAGAUACCGCGAUCGAGAAGGGAAUGUGCUUGUUUGUUUGCUCUCCUCCAUCAGUUUGUGGAAUAAUAAUGGUGGUUAUAAAUGCUGA